AUGGAGCCACAUAAGAUUCAGAAUGUAGAAGAAGCUCAAAAUUCAGCUUCUAAAAGGCUAGUAGGUAAGGUGGCAAUUAUAACAGGUGGUGCAAGAGGAAUUGGUGCAGCCACAGCAAGAUUAUUUGCAGAAAAUGGAGCACAUGUCAUCAUUGCUGAUGUUCUAGAUGAAGAAGGCACCAAAGUUGCUGAAUUAAUUGAUGGACUCUACAUACAUUGUGAUGUGUCCAAAGAAUCUGACAUUGAAUCAGCAAUAAACCUUUCAAUGUCAUGGAAAGGUCAAUUAGACAUAAUGUUCAACAAUGCAGGAAUCGCAGGCUAUGAAGGAAGAAGCAUAACAACACUUGACAUGGAAAAGCUAACUCAUUUACUUUCAAUCAACCUCUUUGGAACAAUCCAUGGAAUCAAACAUGCUGCAAAAGCAAUGAUAAAAGGAAAAAAAGGAGGAUCAAUCAUUUGCACAUCAAGUGCAGCUGCAACUAUAGGUGGAUAUGCUUCACAUGCUUAUACAAUGUCAAAAUCAGCCAUGGAAGGACUAAUGAGAAGUGCGGCGUGCGAAUUAGGCAUUCAUUUGAUUCGUGUUAAUUGCGUUUCGCCGCACGGUGUUCCGUCCGAGAUGCUUUUGAAUGCUUUUAAAUGUUUUGGUGAGGUUGAUAUGACUAGUGAACAGUUGAGUGAGUUUAUUGGUAUGAAUGCAAGUUUGCUUAAAGGGAGAGGUGCAACAACUGAUGAUGUUGCACAAGCUGUGCUUUUUUUGGCUAGUGAUGAAUCUGGAUUUGUGACUGCUCAUAAUCUUUCUGUUGAUGGUGGAAUCACUUCUGCUAAUAGUGUUAUGAGUUUUAUCUAUCAAGAUCCUAAGUGA